ACCUGCCUAAACUUAGCCCAGAGAGAGACGUUAUUUUUAUUAUAGUGGACAACAAACCAACCUGCCCUCUAUUCUGGAGGGAGAGAAUAUCUCUGUCUUCCUGGGUUGUUUGCUAUACACACAUCCUUGAAAAGAUAUCUGAGAGCUAGAGCAGCCAGCGCCUCUGCUCGCAAGACGUGCAGAAGUGUGAGAGCGCCAUGGAGAAUCAUCUCCCGCACACACUGUACAAGGAUUAACAUUCUCACUGAUGAUUGUGUAUCAAGAAAAAUCAAAUUUACGUUCAGUGUACCUUGUUUAAAACAAAAAGGAAAGUGCAUGAAAUAUUCUUUCCAAAUGGUUAAGUCUCAAACCCUUUGGAAAACUCAACUGCCCAGAAUAGUUAGUUCUCUGAGAGUCUUACCUGCUGUGAGCAGAGAAAACAGAUUAUGAUUUUGUGUAUUCUCCUCAAAUUGAAGGUCACAGAGGCAGGUCUGUGGAAUUGUAGGUGUUGAUUUGUCAGUGGGUGGUGUACUCAGGGUGAACAGCAAGGGUUUAUUUACUAGAAUUGAUGGACUGACUCUUCCUCAGGAAAGGCCAGCUGCUAAUGUCAUCUUGCAGUAAAGCAGUUAUAGCAUGGAGAAGUAUUUGUGUGGUCGUCUGAUUUGACUAAUAUUUGUUUUGCACCUCCUAUGUUAUCUUAAGCACCUAAGGUGUGAGACUUUAUUUUUUUAAACUAUCUUAAAAAUGGCUGAGGUCAAAGACUUUACAUCUUUCGUAAGUUAGUACAUUGAAAAUCUCUUUCUCAAAAGUUUCACGUCAGUGAAAGAUGAAUAAAUUGAGUUUUCUAAUAUAAUAGGGUUUUUUUAUAAUUAAAAAAAUAUAUUUAUUUGGCUGCGUUGGGUCUUCGUUGCUGCACACAGGCUUUCUCUAGUUGCGGCGAGCAGGGGCUACUCUUCAUUGCAGUGCACGGGCUUCUCAUUGCGGUGGCUUCUUUCGUUACAGAGCAUGGGCUCUAGGCACGCGGGCUUCUGUAGUUGUGGCGUGUGGGCUCAGUAGUUGUGGUUCGCGGGCUCUAGAGCGCGGGCUCAGUAGUUGUGGUGCACGGGCUUUGUUGCUCCGCGGCAUGUGGGAUCCUCCUGGACCAGGGCUUGAACCCAUGUCCCCUGCCUUGGCAGGCAGAUUCUUAACCACUGCAUCAUGAGGGAAGUCCCUAUAGUAGGGUUUUGAUAUGAAUUAUACAACUAAACAUUUGGAAGAAAAAGACCAAGAGGUUUUCAAAUGUUUAUUUGAUCCUCACGUGGUCCUACUCUAUACAUGUGUAGUUUCAUUUCUCAAAAAUUAUGCUUUUGAAAAUUUUUAAAGCAAAUUUCUGUUAACUUUUUUCUUUUUAUUAUAAUGACAAGCUUUUGGUAUUUCAUUGUUACCAAGAUCUAUUUUUAGAAUAAAAUUUUGUUUUCCGUUUAAAAGUUUAAAAAAAAUUAUGCUUUUGAAGUAGGCCAGAAUAGAUAAAUGGAAUUAACAUUUUAGGCAUAGUCUUAAAUGUGACUUGAUUAUAAUUUGUCAUUCUUAUGAACUUUAGUUACUGAUUUGCCAAGGUUGUAUCUCUCUUUAAAACAUUUCUCAUUCACCUACUUAGCAGUGUGCUAGGUGGUCAGUAUUUUUAAGAAGAGUAAUAAAGAGAAUGUAGGGUUUUUUCCUCUCCCUCUCUGGAGGUUUUUUCCCUCUCCCUUAAACAACUUUUUAAGGGGUUAAAUGACAUAUUUGGAUGAUAUUUAGUAGUACAUAUGUUUAUUUACUCCAACAUCAUUGUCAGAAUCAUUUACAUAUUGAGUAAUGAUGAAUCUUAGCAGAACUCUUCUUUUUCCUACUUUUAUACCUGAUCAUCUAUGCCAGUUUAGUUUCCUCAUGUAUAAGAACAAUAAACUGUAUUUCUUCUUUUUAUUGAUUUGUUUCAAAAGGAAGGCAAAUAGACUCUUUGCCCUGUAAUAUUAGUUCCUAAAUCUAGAGGAAAAUUAAGCAUUUAGUGUGAGUAAUACACAUAUAUAUUUUGUUAGUUUUUUGAAAGUUGUACCUUUUUCAUAUGGGUAAGACAAGGUUUAAAGCAAACUUCAUAUAUGACAAUUUUGAUUUUACAGUACUUAAAUUUAGGGAGUAGAUAUAACUUUACAAAAUAUUGUAGUUUUUCAAAAGGUUUCACCUUAGGAGUCUGUUAAUUUUCAAGUCGCGUACACCCUUCUCCUGCCUGUUGUGGAAAGGAAAGUCAGCCAGUGCACUCUUUUGCCUGGUGGUUGUAAAAUCGUCUCCAUGCUAACUGCCCGAGUGCUGAGUGCUUUUCUACACUUAAAGCUUCUAACUCUUAAGGACAUUUUGGAUUGUCUUCCAUUCUCGGACAAAAAGGUCAAGAGCAUGCUUUCUUCAAAUACUGGAAAGCACUUUUUUUUCUUUUUUCUUUUUGGUAAUACAGUCAGUCCUCAUUAUUCACAGAUUGUGUAUUUGUGAGUUCGCCUACUCACUAAAAUUUACUUGUGAGUGAAAGCAAUACUCAGGCACUUUCUUGGUCAUUCCCCGAUGCGCAUUCCCCAAUGACACACUUGAGUCAACAAAAUUCAUGUUACCAGCUGAGGUCAAACCAGGCAACUUGCUGCCAUCUUGUUUCAGCUCAUAUUGUAAACAGUUGUCUGCAUUGUGCCUUAUUUAGUGCCAUGCUUUUCACAUUUUUAUGCUUCUUGUUGGUGAUGUCACUGUUUAAAAUGACCCCCAAACGUAGUGCCAUCUAGUGUUCCUAAGUGCAAGAGGGCUGCGUGUGCCUUACAGAGAAAAUCCGUGCAUCAGUUAGCUCUUUUUUCUUAAAGGAAGUAGAAAUACUUUAGCUUUAAAAGUAACUUUUUGUUGCUGUAUACCACAUACAUCAGGAAAGUGCAAAUUUCUCCUUGUGCCGUGUGUGAGAGAGUCCCCAGGACACCUACCUAUGAAUGAAAUUGCUGGAUUGAAAGGAAUUUCUUCACAUGGCUUCCGAAGAUGUGACCAUUACGGUUCGCCUCAUUCGUUCAUUUGAGCAUCGCAAUUUCAGACCUGUAGUAUAUUAUGGAGUUCAUUUGGACCAAACUGUAAAGGAAUUUAUAGUAUUUCUAAAGCAAGAUAUCCCUUUGAGGACCAGCCUGCCACCACCAUUCAGAAACUAUAAAUAUGAUAAACUAAAGAUUGUGCAUCAACCACAUAAAUCAAAGACGAAUGAACUUGUGUUGAGUUUGGAAGAUGAUGACAGCCUCCUGUUAAAAGAAGACAGCACCCUGAAAGCAGCUGGAAUCGCCAAUGAAACUGAAAUUGCAUUCUUCUGUGAAGACGACUAUAAGAACUACAAAGCUAAUCCCCUUUCAUCCUGGUGAAAACUUCACAGGACUUCCUUUUUGCAUACUUGUAUUAAGCUCUUUAUUCCACUGUGAGUUUUUUAAAUUGACAAAUAAACUUAAAAAAAUUAAUCCCAAGCUCUGCCA